AUGGCUGACGGACUUCUAAGGCUUACGAACAAAAGAAUUGCUAAAGAACCCUUCAAUCUCAGCGACUUCAACGGAAAGCUUAAAAAAGAUCUUAACCAGAGAGAUCAGAGUAGCUCUCCUACUGAUGAAGGUUUUGAUUCUUCCCCCAAUCAGUCAAAUUGGAAAAGCAUCAUUGGGCAGGACGUUGAUCUGCCAACGUCGAAGUUUUCAAUGAAUCUGGUCAAUGCUGGUCGCCAAAACGCUUCAAAUGGUAAACCGAUAUCCGGUCGAAUCUUAUUUGAAGAAUUGAAUCGAGAUUUCCAAGAUUUUAUCAUCAUAGAUACUCAGCAACCAACCGGAAGCAGCAAGGCCAUUUUAAAUUUUUCAUUGAAGGAGGUGACAAACGCUCGACCUUCUUCCAAAAUUGCCGGGCCGUCAACGUAUGAUAUAUGCACACCGAGUCCAAGCGGGAACGCAAAAAAUUUGACGCAUACUUCCAGCUCAUCACUUGAUGGAUUCGGGAAGAAGUUCGAGCAACAAUCUGAAACUCUUACAGAAGGCACCGAAGAUGUUCCAAAAGACCUUCAACAGAUCCUGAGUCCGAUCAGACUCUAUGGCAAGCAGCAGGGUGUUCUUGAGACUGGGAAUUGGAAAACGAAUAAUUUGAACUUCCAAUCGAUGAAAUCGCAGUACCAGGUUUCAACCUUCAAGAGUGAUGAUCGUCCAACUGAGGUCAAAAGCCGUGACGCGGGAGCAGCGAUGAGCAGAGACAACACCCUGACUGAAGAAACGCACAAAAAGAAGGGAGGAAGGUUGCAGGAAGAAGAGGAAGAAGCGGAGAAGGAAAAAAAUGAAUCCCUGAUGGUAUAUAAGAUUCAAGAGGAAGACGAAAACCAAAUCAUCAACUUCGAACUCAACAGGCUAAAGAAAAUAUUUUAUAACAAAGCUCUGAAGUCUUCCAAAUCAAAGUCAAAGUUGUCAUCCGAAUCCAAACCGCGGGUCAAACUUUUCAACCACUGA